AUGGCGCAGGUGCUGCCCACGACUGCUGUGGCGCCAUCGACGCAGAGUCCGCUGCUUGUCGUCUUUGGCGUCGUGUACAUCGUCUUCUCGUCGCUGCUCAGCCUCGUGUACGUGCACACACUCGCGGUCAGCACCGACAACGACCUGUGGUGGCCCCACUACAACGUCAGCGGCCACGAAGCCUUCCUCGCCGACGUCAGCAACAUGCUGCUCGUGGCCCAUGCGUAUGCCAAUGCGACGUUCCAAGUCAACUUGCUCUCGCUGCGGAUGCACAAGACGUAUAUCGAUGCGGAGGCGACCACGUCUCUGUACCCAACGUACCCGCGGCAGCUCGCCUAUCACGAACUCACCUCGCUCUCGUAUGCGAUUGCCAACCUCCGGACGCUGAGCGCCACCUGGGCGCUGCAGGUCCACACGCAGUGGUGCUAUGUCGACUUUGAACAGCACUUUGCGGUUGCCCACACGGCGGCGCGUCAAGCCCGCUGCGAGGUCAAGUACGCGACGAACGCCGCCGUCUACAUCGAGGCGACGCUUCGCAACCUCAUCUGGACCGAAUUUAUUGGUGCGUGGGGCGGCCCUGGUAACGCAUUCACGGUGGCGCUCGAAGCCGGCCUCGCCGCUUCGUCGCGCGGCCAGCGCUGGCUCGAGGUCACAUCAACCGCGCGCGCCAACACCAGCGUCGAGGACGAGCUCACGUACUGGCAGUCGUUCGCCUUGACCUCCUUUACGCUCCAGUGGCAGAACUUUCGGCAAACUGGGGUCACCGAGUCGAUGGCGAUUUGCAACGCGAUGGGUCUCCCGCAUACGUUCACGAUCAAGUCGCUCCACCACUGGCAAGGCCCGGGCACGUCCGUCAACCUCUUUUGGGGCGCCAUCAACGACCUUUGGAGCCUCACGCUCUUGAACGCUAGCCUCCUCACGGGGUCGUCCAACGACUUUCGCUCGAUGCGCAUCAGCCUCGAGUUCCUCAACGGCAAUAUGGACGCUAACGGCGGCUUCUCUGCGCCAGCGGCGACGCUCCGCGCCCAUUUGGGUCCGUUUGUCUCGAUCGACGCCUUUCUACUUGGUGUGCCACCGAGUUUGCACGCGGCAUACGUGGCGCUCGCAGGUGAUGCCACGUCAUCCUCUAGAAUGGCGUUGCCGGUGCAACCCAAAGCGUGGGCGAAUGCGACCUUUUACACGGGAAAUCCGCUCUGCGUCCAAGGACCGAUCGCGACGACGUUUGCGCAGCGUCCGUUUUCGUUUGAGGACAGCUGUAGCUCGCCGCAGCCGUUGACAGUGCCCCUCACUGCUCACGGUGCGCAAUUUGCGCGUGCCAUGAGCUCGAUACGACCCGACAACGUGUGCUUUAUGCAGCCUCCCGAGUGCAUGCGACUGCUUCAGGCCACGCAGGACACCCCGAUUGAUGCGCUUCUGCGGCACGAUGCAACAGCUGCAACCGCCGCCCUCAACAUCAGCCUCGUACAAAUCGCCACCAACACCAGUGGCCACUGGCAGCUGCUUCACCAAGCGAUCCUGUCCGAGAGCGACCCCUCGUCAUGGCCGCCUUUCUAUGGCUGGCUGCUCCUUCACGACUGGAUCCUCGGCAUCCGCGAAGUCGUCUCGUUCGAGGGCGACGCGGCCUCGCUCGUGCUCAUUUCAGCGCCGUACGAGCCAGUGCUGUACGCAACAAGCCGCGGCAGCAUGGAAGGGGCGACGAUGCACAUUUGGCACCUCUUGGCGGCGCUGAACGUUCUCUACGUACUCGUCGCCGCAGCAGUGCUUGUCUACAUGAUGUGCAGUCCCUUUACGGGCGCCAAUGCCUUCUUCUUCAACCGCAUCAUUGGCUCGGUAUGGAUCGGACGACCGUUUAGCUUUCUCCGCGGGCUCAGUGCGAUUGCGCUCCUAAGCACCGCUCCAUUGAGCCUUGUCCAGACAAGCCCGGGGGUGACCGGCCUUGUCGCGACUCCACGCAGCUGGGUGGAGGCGGCGCUCCUCUCGGGUGAAGCGACGUGGACUACGUACGUGCUCCAAGACGUCUUGCUUCUACUACGGACCCCUCAUUUGGCGCGGACCGAGCUGCCCCGCGCCAGUCUCGUUUCUUUUUUGCUGGUUUUGGCGCUCGAGCGCGCUUGGCCUCUGUCGCCGUCGUUGACGCUCGAGCGAUCGUGCUACAGCGAGGACAUGGACGCGUACGUGCAAUGUACCAGUGGCACCAUUUACAUUGGCAGUGCAUCUCGCAUCCUGCUCUACCUCGCGGUGCCACUUGCUUCCCAGGUCCUCAGUGCCUGCGUCUGGAGAUAUAGCGCUCCCAUCGGCUCGGACGCCACCGACUACGACGCUCACCUCUGCGGGCUCUCGCGCGCGCUCUUGCGACAUCCGAGCGACAGCACAGAUCGUGUCGCGCUGUGCAUGUCGGGCAUCCUCACAUGGGGCUAUCGCGGUCAGCGCUACACCUUUGACAUCAAGACGUGGACUUUUCUUCUUGACAACGUCAAAGCGGGUCCACCCGUCGACUUCUGCGCAAAAUCAGGUCUCGCAGUCAGCACGGCGCACAGCGCUGCACCCGCGCGCAUCUGUCGCGUCCUGGGCUUUGUCUAUGUGGUGAGUGCCAUCACGGCCAGUGUCUCGUACAUGCGAGUGUCGGCCGUGAGCUUGGCCAACGAUUUGUUUUGGCCUCACUUCAAUAGCACGGGCACGCAUGUCUUCUUGGCCACGUGGAUCCAGCUGCAGCUGCUUCUCUACGCAAAUCCCAACACGACCGCGCUCACGGCACCUCAUGUGAACCUCCCAACCCCCUUCAAUGCCACCGGAGCAACAAUCUCACCACCACUCAGCUACGCGACCAAGCUCCAGCACGGCGUCUUUGCCACUCGCCUCGAGGCCAUCGUUGCCGGUCUCCGCGCCCUCGACGGCUGCGACGCCCCCUGGGUCUUUACCCCCUACUGCUACCUCGACGUCGAUCGGCGCUGGGAAAUGGCCAACUCGGCCACGCGCCAGGCUCGCUGCGGUGCCAUGACCACAAAUGGCGCCAUCUACCUCGAGACGCUGGUGCGCAACGUCGACGCGGCGUCGUGGCGCGCCUGCUGGGGUGAUGCGUUCGACGUGGCCUUUGGCGCCGAGCUACAGCAGUCGCACGUCGGGCGCGAGUGGCUUCUCACAGCCUAUCUGACGCGGUCGCUUGCGGUUGUUGACGAAGUGACCUACUGGCGGACCCAUGGCAUCCGCUAUUAUGACACGCAAUGGCAAAACUACAAACAGCUCGGCGUGCUCAACAGCUACAGCAUCGUCAACUGCUACGACGCCAUGUACCCGCUAACACUCCAGUCGCAAAACGGCUCGUAUCGCUUCUCGAGCCAAUCGAGCUGGAAGAUGUACUGGGCACUGGCCAACGACUUGUCGGCUGUGAUGCGCAACGAGAGCGGCCUGAGGGGUUUGUCGCUACUGCGGUCGAGUGCGCGGUAUGGCUUUGGCAACCAGUCGAUGGAGGCGGUGUUGAUGCAAAAUGGCGAGAUCACGGCGCCAUUUACGACGGGGUUUGCCUUGCUAUCCGACAUCCUCGGUCCAUUUGGCUCGGUCGACAUGAUGUACAUCAGCGUCCCAAGUCUACUGCAACAAACGUUCGCGGAGCUUUUGCGAUGCCUUAAGACGUCGCUGGCCAGUGACGCGGCGGUCCAGUCACAAUUUGCUGGCCUCGUGGCCAUGCCAUAUCUGGCACCGAUCCCGAAGAUGUGGAUGCAAGCAUACGCCUUCACGUCGGGGGGGUCGCCGCUGUGUCCAAGCACAGCAAGUCUCAGUCCUCUCAGUAUGGGGCUCCCCACCAUGCUCUCCUUCUCGCUACCGUGCAACCCUGUCGCCCCCUUUGUGGCUUCACUCAACCCGACGGUCGAGCAGUACGUGGUGGCGCUAGCGAUGGCGUGGGAUAUCAUGCCGUCGAUUAGCGACGUCUGCGACCUCGUGCCUUCGAAUUUCGGACCUUGCCAUGAAUACUUACCCCCGAUCAUCGCGUUUACUGACAAGCAUGUGACGUUGCCACUCGAUAUGACAGUCGUUCGAGCGCUCGUCGCAAGCCUCUCGAUCGAGCUGCUGCUGUACGCGCAGGCCAACACGAGCGCCGUCACCGAGCUCGCGCACCUGCCCCUUUUCUACGCGCCGGAGUUUGAGCUCUACGCGUGGCUCUUCCUCUCCGACUGGGUCCUCGGGACGCGCGAAGUCAUAGCAUUCCAGGGCGAUCGCGGUAAUCUCACGCUUCUCGCAGAGUUUCAGCUGCCGACGAACGAGCAAAUCGGGUCCUGGCAGCUCUCGACCAAUAUCGCGCUCUACACCCGCGCGGGUGUCCUCUACAUCACGUGCGUGCUCCUCGGUGUCGCCGUCAUUGUGACCUGCUACAUCCUAACCAGCCGCGGCGCCUUUGAGUGGCUCAACAUGCUCGAGCUCAGUCGCGUCGGCGGCAUCGUCUGGGUCGGUCGACCACUUCUGCUGCUGCGCGCCACCACGGCCCUCUCGGUGCUCUCGACAGCGACGCUCCAGCUUCUCUAUGAGAACGAGUCGAUAAGUGCAUUUCAGACAGUCCAGAAUCCUUGGUAUACGACGAUCCUCGCGGCCAGCGAGGUCACGUGGCUCGUCGCCGUCGUCAACGACGUGGCCAUGGCGGUCACGCAGGCCUACACGGCGCACUACGCGACCUUCAACAGCGUCGCCGUGUGGGCGACCGUCGCCCUUCUCUCGUUCGUUGCGCCCGUGACGCACACCGUGUCAUUAGAGCCCACGUGCGACCUCGUGCAGCUCGACUGGCAGAUCGUGUGCGCGUCCGGCCACAUUGUGAUUGGUCAGUGGUCGCGCUACGUCAUGCUCCACGCGGCUGUGGCUGCGACGGCCGCCGAUCACGCACGGUCGGUCCGUCUUUCUCUCGUGCGGCGCCAAGUACCUCUUUGA